UCAGACGCCUCUGAAAGCGUCACUGCCGAGGAGCCCGGUGUCAUUGGACGCGGCUAGCCGGCUGCCCGUUACAUGUUCAGCGCUGCUUCGCAAACAGGAUUUAAUUACACAUUUUUUACAGUUUUCAGUGGGUGUUAGGGAUGCAACACACGUAGUCCGCUAUACGAACGGCUGCGGUUCGAAUUUAUUGAAUUCUUGAAUUCUCCGGCGAGAUGUCCGUGCUCGCUGUAUUGGCUUGGCCGUUGCUGGUCAUCGCGCUUUCCGCCGGGCAAGUGAGCGCCAACGAGGACUGCCUGUGGUAUGUGGAUAAGAACGGCACCUGGCACAAUGGCUUCGACUGCCCCCUCAUCACCUUCUGCUGCGGGAACUGCCACCGGCGCUACUGUUGUCUGGACAGCUUCAGGAUGAUCACCGAGAGGGAGCAGAAGCACUGCAUGCUCUUCCAGUUCAGCCCCACCACCAUCGCUGGCAUCGCCUCCUCCAUCCUGCUCUUCGUGGCCAUCAUCGCCACCGUGGUGUGCUGCUUCAUGUGCUCCUGCUGCUACCUGUACCAGCGCCGCCAGCAGCACAGGACUCCGUUCGAGGGCCAGCAAAUUCCACUCUCCAACUACCCCAUGGAUUCCUCACACCAAGCUCCAGGCAAACCUGCUGGGGCCCCUGAGUACCAUUACCCCGGUUACCCACCUGAACCGCAGUAUCAGCCUGGCGCACCCCACCAGUAUCCCAUGAUGCCCCCGGCGCCCUACCCACCCUACCCACCCGCAGAUCCUGGGUAUGGCCAGCCAGUGCCCCCUCCGUACACCCCCCCGCAGUACAGCGGCCCCUGAGGAGCAGGAGAGGGGGGGACAGGACUGCGCCAGAAGAGCAGGGACAGGCCUCCCUCUCUCGCCGUCACUCCACUGGCUUCUCCCAUUUAAAAAAAAGCACUAACUCACACCAUGCGGCUUUGUUUUCUCUCAUUGGAUGGAGCAUGAUCUGAGCUGGGACUUCUGCUGGACUGUGCUGCAUCUGCAGGACAGCAGGGGGCAGUGUGGAGAUGUCAGCUGGCAGAUAACAGAAGUAUUCUCCUCGAAGUCGGGAACAGCCCCACAUCACAGACUUCCAACUACACCUGGAAAAAGGGAUCACAUGUCUCUGGGGUUUUCUCUUCUGCGUUUUGCAUUUUCUUUUCUCUGCUUUAUUUUUUUUUCUCUCCUUAAUCGUAUUGGAGCACAAAGAGGUAGAUAUUAAAGGUCACUCACGUCAAUUUUUAGGCCCAUUGUUCCUCCUCGUGGGUCUUAGUGAUAUAAAAAACUCACUCAGCUGCCUCCUUCUGUAAUUCUGCUCAAAGCAUCCUUGUGGCUGUGCACGUGUUCUGGUUCAUGGUGUUUUGAAGUUCAAAUACUCUGCAAAUGGCUAAUUUCUCCAGCCUCUCCCCUGUUGCUGUGGUUUACAAACUUCCAUUUAUUUAUUCAUUUGACAGCACUUCUAUGGGAACUUUAGCUUUUCUUCCUGGCCACAAACUGAUGGUGAUUAAAGGAUUCGCGUUUUUGUUUUUUGUUUUUUUUAAAUGCUUGUCGUCAUUUGGAACUGACCAGAGCAGAAAGAUCCACUUCAAUGAGACGGUCUGUUAGAACGCGUAUCGGACGCACCUAGACGAGUAUUUGGUCUUCGGCUUACACAGUCUGGCCUCCCUAAAGUGCCCUUUGAAAUCGCUGCGUGAAGCAGUUUCUCACUCGUCCACCUGAUCAACUGUGCAGUGGGGCUGCUGGUGCUGGUCACCAAUGCUGGUGCUGAGCCACACAGCCCUGGUUUCUGCUUGACUCCCCUUCUAUACCUCAGCUGCGUUAGAUCUCAGACUCUAGUCCUGGAGAGCCUUAGUUCAGCAGGAUAAGUGACUAUUAAAUCCCCAAUUUCGUAAGAUUUGGACAAAUAAAAAAAGGCAACCUUUUGAGGUCUAUGACUGCUGAAUCCAUGUUGUCUCUGUAAUAGAAAGCAUAAUAAAGUUCCACUGAUACAUGGCCAUUGUCUCCUCAUCAGAGAGCCAGUAGUGUCGGUGAUGCAUAUUUAUUUGUGUUUUACCAGUUAAUUAAACAGGUGGAACCAAAAUUGAAGUUCUCUUCAAUCCCCAAGGACCACAGUUCUCUUAAUUGAACAGAUUACUUGCUACAGACUCGUUCACUGUUGAGAGGUUUUGCCGGCUGUCUCCAGCAGGUGACCCAUAAUUGAAGUGGGGGCCCCGUUUUAUGUAGAAACCUGUUUUUUAGUUGCCGGUUGAGCAGGUUUGCCCGCAAGUCCCAUAGAUGGUAAAACACAGCUGCCAGCGAUAGAAUGGUUGUGAUGUAGUCGAUCUGUUACGUGCAUUAAAUAAGAAAAUGUGACAUACUGUACCGAAUGCUUUGUUUUAUAACUGUUUUCUUGGAUCUGUGGAAUGUACACCGAGGUGAUGUGUUAAAUCUAUGAUUUCAAAACUGGGUAAAACUAAUUCUCUGUUCAUUUACUAACCACACCAGUUUUGGGUGGGUGGCUUGUGGAGUAAUCUUUUGUAACAAGUCCUUGCUGAGUGGGAUUGAGGGCUUUUUUUCCCCGAGCGGUGUUUAUCUUGCCCGUGUGGUUGCCUAUCCUGCUUUUCUUGUUAACUGAUUGUCGAGUAACAUGAUGGAUAGCCAUGUCCACAUUAAGAAAAAAAGAAGAAACAAAACUGGCCAAUUUGUAAUAAAUAAAAUAAUCAAAAGUUAA